ACACUGGGACCGGGUUUGAGAGAGGGGAGAGGGUGUCGGGCCUGGUGUGAAUUAAGACGAGAUGUGUGCUGACAGCUGACCUGCUGCCCGGUGUAGCCAGAUUUGGCUGCUGCUGGAGUGCAUGCCUGCAUGUGUUCGUCUUACAUGCCGAGCAGGAUGGAUGACUUUGCAGAAGAUGAGACAAGCUUCUACUCCAACGCAGAGGAUUACUGGAAGGAGGUUCCCCCCACAGUGGAUGGCAUGCUGGGAGGCUACGGCAGCAUCUCCAGCAUCGACAUCAACGGAUCCAAGGCUUUCCUGCAGAAGUUCCUCGGCGAAGGGGAGGGGAAGACGGGCGCGGGCUGUGCUCUGGACUGUGGUGCAGGCAUCGGGAGGAUCAGCAAACGUUUACUGCUGCCUCUGUUUAACACCGUGGACCUCGUGGACGUGACACAGGAGUUCCUGGACAAAGCCAAGACGUACCUGGGAGAGGAGAGCAAGAGAGUGGGGAAGUACAUCUGCAACGGCCUGCAGGACUUUGUACCAGAGAGCGGACGCUAUGAUGUCAUCUGGAUCCAGUGGGUCAUUGGCCACCUUACAGACAACCACCUAGUGGAGUUCCUGCAGCGCUGCCAGAAAGCCCUGCGGCCCAACGGCCUCAUCGUGAUCAAGGACAAUGUGUCAUAUGAGGGCGUGGUCCCAGAUAAAGUGGACAGCAGCGUCUGCCGUGACCUGGAAAUAGUUCACAGUCUGGUGGCCAAAGCGGGCCUCCGCAUCAUCCACGAGGAGCAACAAAUGAACUUCCCAAAAGAGAUCUACCAAGUCCACACGCUGGCUCUCAGAUAAAGGACUGCUCCCUCCUCCAUGGGAUAGGAAGAGGAGGCGCCGUGUAGAUGAAGUAUUUCUAAUGUGGAAAGGUGUUUUUCAAAUCAGCAAUCUAUUUAUUAUCUGUCUGGAAAUGAUCUGCAGUGUGAUGUGUUUGUGGAGUGUGUGUGGCUAACUCUAAGCAGCAGCAUCUUUUUUUUGGGCUAGCAUGCCUUAAGGUACGGCCACAUUACACAUCUGUCUUAUGAAUAUCUGCUUGGUGUUCCUGUGUCAGUGUGAUCUCCAGCAGGACAGACGUUCACCUUUGUUCAACUUUGGCUGUAUGGAUACUCAGUCAGCCUAUAGCAACUCUGAUGCACUGUGUUUGGAAAAGGAGAAGUCUUACAGACCAUCACCACUUGCUCAACAUCGUUGGAACUGUGACAUCACAUCCUUUGUUGGAGCCGAGUGUGAGGCAGUUUCACUGAACAGAGGACUAAUGUGACUGAGCUGUAUCACAUUCUGGUUCCAAGUGUUUCAGCUGUGGAGCAUUUUCAAGCAGUCUGUUCUUAAGCAGACACAUUCCCAUUAUUGUCGUUUCGUGGAGAUUUGGAUGUUUUACAGCUUAUUAAAAAUGUUUUCAGGUAAUGUCCGAUCAAUGUGGUCACAGAGAGUUUGUGGAUGUGUCAUACUGGUUUUAAUUAGGGCUGUCCCAGUCCAGUUUCUGGGUCCCCAUUCUGAUCUGAGUCCUUUAUUGUUGUCUGAUUAUACAGAGUCUGAUGAGAUAAUAAUGUAUUAUGAACAUGAAUGUUGAUUAAAUGCAUCUGACACAUUG